AUGGUCCACCUCAGCGCCAUCAACCACGACCACGACCCCGCCUCGUCCUCCUCGGAGCCCGGGCCCGGGACCGGCAACAUCUCGUGGAAGCUGGCCGACAAGGCGCAGAGCCUGCUGGCCCUGCCGCGCGACGCGGCCGACGAGUUCUCGACGAGCGUCUGCGGCUCGCGCUUCGCCUGCGAGGAACUGCCGCGCAACAAGAUGCCCGAGGACCAGAUGCCGCGCGACGUCGCCUACCGCAUGAUCAAGGACGACCUCAGCCUCGACAAUAACCCCAGGCUCAAUCUGGCCUCCUUUGUCACCACCUACAUGGAGGACGAAGCCGAGAAGCUCAUGACGGAAUCCAUGUCCAAGAACUUCAUCGACUACGAAGAAUACCCGCGCUCGGCCGACAUCCAGGCGCGCUGCACCAACAUGAUUGGCGACCUCUUCCACGCGCCCUCGGGCAGCGCCGUCGGCACCUCGACCGUCGGCUCCUCCGAGGCCAUCAUGCUCGCCGUGCUGGCCAUGAAGCGUCGCUGGCGCCAGCGCCGCGAGGCCGGCGGCAAGCUGCCCGACGGCUGCCGCCCCAACAUCGUCAUGUCGUCGGCCGUCCAGGUGUGCUGGGAGAAGGCGGCGCGGUACUUUGAGAUUGACGAGCGCUAUGUCUAUUGCACGCCGGAGCGCUUCGUCAUUGACCCGCGCGAGAUGGUGGAUUUGUGUGAUGAGAAUACCAUCUGCUGCGUGUUGCUGCUGGGAACUACUUACACCGGUCACUACGAGGACGUCAAGGCCGUCAACGACUUGCUCGUUGAGCGCAAGCUCGACGUCUCGCUGCACGUCGAUGCUGCCUCGGGGGGGUUCGUGGCCCCCUUUGUCAUGCCGGAUCUCGAGUGGGAUUUCCGCUGCGAAAAGGUCGUCUCCAUCAACGUCUCGGGACACAAGUACGGCCUCGUCUACCCCGGCGUCGGCUGGGUCCUCUGGCGCGCCCCUGAGUACCUGCCGCAGGACCUCGUCUUCAACAUCGACUACCUGGGCGCCCAGCAGUCGUCCUUCACCCUCAACUUCUCAAAGGGCGCCUCCCAGGUCAUCGGCCAGUACUACCAGCUCAUCCGCCUCGGCCGCCGCGGCUACCGCGCCAUCAUGCUCAACCUGACGCGCACGGCCGACUUCCUGGCCGAUGCCCUGCAGGCCCUCGGCUUCGUCAUCAUGUCGGAGCGCUCGGGCCACGGCCUGCCCCUCGUGGCGUUCCGCUUCGGACCCAACACCGGAGCCGGGCCCGGAGCCGGCGCCGGCCGCCACUACGACGAGUUCGCCCUCGCCCACGCCCUCCGCUCGCGCGGCUGGGUCGUCCCCGCCUACACCAUGGCCCCGCACACGAACCGGCUCAAGAUGCUGCGCGUCGUCGUGCGCGAGGACUUUUCCCGCUCCCUGUGCGACAUGCUCCUCGACGACAUCAAGCUGUGCCUCGGCAUGCUCGACGAGACGGACCAGGAGACCAUCAAGCGCCAGGACGAGUACAUCCGGACGCACAUGACGGCCUCCGGGCGCUCCAAGCACUCCAAGCACAAGGCCCAUGCUUACAAGGACGAGCAACACUCGCUGCAGGGCAAGACGGGCAAGACGCAUGCUACGUGCUAG